GGAGGCAGACACACGGAAGGAGGAGCCAAGCUUCCGCCGGCCGCUCGACACACGGGCUCGCACACCGGGGCAUCAUGACGGAGAACGGCAGCGCGGGCGGCGUGGACUCGGAGCCGAACGGAGGGCCGUGCUGCGGCUCCGAGCCGGGCGACAGGCUCCUCCUCCGGCGGAGGCUGAAGAGCGCCGAGCCCGGCAACAGGGUGACGGUGGUGCUGGGCGCUCAGUGGGGGGACGAGGGCAAAGGCAAGGUGGUGGAUUUGCUGGCGCAGGAUGCCGACAUCGUGUGCAGGUGCCAGGGAGGAAACAAUGCAGGCCAUACUGUGGUAGUGGAUUCUGUGGAAUACGACUUCCAUCUUUUACCCAGUGGAAUCAUCAAUCCCAAUGCCAUUGCAUUCAUUGGUAAUGGGGUCGUCAUUCAUUUACCCGGUCUCUUUGAAGAAGCUGCAAAAAAUGCAAAGAAGGGAAAAGGUCUUGAAGGUUGGGAGAACAGAUUAAUCAUUUCGGACCGAGCUCAUAUUGUAUUUGAUUUCCACCAAGCUGCUGAUGGUGCUCAGGAACAACAGAGGCAACAACAAGCUGGAAAAAACCUGGGCACCACGAAGAAGGGAAUUGGUCCGGUGUAUUCUUCAAAAGCAGCUCGGAGUGGGCUCAGGAUAUGUGACCUCCUGACUGACUUCGAUGACUUUUCUGAAAGGUUUAAAGUGUUGGCAAAUCAGCACAUGUCAAUGUACCCUACACUGGAUGUUGACUUAGAUGGAGAACUAGAGAAGCUCAAGGGCUACGUGGAGAAACUCAAGCCCAUGGUAAGGGAUGGCGUCUAUUUCAUGUACAAAGCCUUGCAUGGUCCAGAAAAGAAGAUUUUGGUUGAAGGAGCGAAUGCAGCCUUACUAGAUAUCGAUUUUGGUACUUACCCUUUUGUGACAUCAUCGAACUGCACAGUGGGUGGUGUGUGCACAGGGCUGGGAAUCCCUCCUCAGAAUGUUGGGGAAGUGUACGGAGUGGUGAAGGCCUACACAACAAGGGUUGGCAUUGGUGCUUUCCCUACAGAACAAAACAAUGAUAUUGGUGAAUUGCUGCAGUCCCGUGGGUCAGAAGUGGGUGUCACUACAGGCAGGAAGAGGCGGUGUGGCUGGCUGGAUCUAGUUUUGCUGAAGUAUGCUCACAUGAUUAAUGGCUUUACUGCUUUAGCACUUACCAAACUGGACAUCCUGGAUGUAUUUACAGAGAUUAAAGUUGGAGUAGCUUAUAAGGUUGAUGAAAAAGUAAUACCACACUUUCCAGCUAACCAAGAGGUCUUGAACAAAGUGGAAGUUCAGUAUGUGUCUCUACCUGGCUGGAACACCAGCAUUGCAAAAGCCAGGACAUUUGAAGAUCUGCCUACAAAUGCCAAGAGCUAUGUCCGAUUUAUCGAGGGACAUCUUGGGGUGCCUGUUAAGUGGAUUGGGAUCGGGAAGUCAAGAGAGUUGAUGAUCCAACUGUUCUAAGAUUGGUGUUGCCAAGAAGAGCCUCCUAGCCCCAGAGUAGACUUCGGCAAGUUGAAAUCUGGAUGCAUUUGGUCUUCAAAUACCAAAAUUAGUAUUGUUUGUAUCUGGCAGAAAUGUAGGGAAUUAUUGUUCUUGUGUGGGUGAGGGGAAGAAUGGAUGCUAUUUCAAAUCAGCUUGUGAAAAUGACUUUGAAACAAUAAUUAAAUUUCAUUUCAUUCAGGGAUAGUUUCAUAACCUGCUGUCACAAAGUGUUCGAAGCAGUUGUGCUGACAUUGGGAUCCAGUAUAAUGGCACUAGUUUGAUAUAUAAAUAUAUGUUGUUGCUUUUUAAGAGUUGAUAUGAAUUGGGUAAUAUUUUUGGUUAAGUUAAUUUUCUGAAUUGAAAAUAAAAGCAAAAAAUACUCUUUGUAUUUCACAGAAGUAUAUUGCUGGUGUUUGUUUGCCCAGACUAAACUAAAAAAUAUUUCUUUCUGGUUUCUAACUUAAAAAUGGUGGAUCAUUCUUUGUGGCACCAAGCAAGAUCAUGUCAGUUGUCAUUCCCUGACUUUCUCUUGGAGUUAUUUGGAGGUGAAAGAUAUGUUCCUAAUGCCUUAAGGUAGACAGACUCCACACUGCAAAUCAACUGUCAUUGAUCACUGGCAGGAGGCAGUGGUUGAGGACGAACUGGUUGCAAAUGAUAGGAAGAUUUGUGUUGUUACCACAAUAGGACAUGUCUCUUUCUUGUCUUGAUUAUUCCACAUUUGAAGUCCAGUAGCAUGUUCUCUUCACAGCUGCUGGAGAUGAAGUUGUGAAAUUGUGGUUAAAGUUCCUAUCCUUCAGAUUUUAAAAUUGCAGCAGGAAUGCCAUCUCCUUCCAUACCCUGAAUGCUUUUCAGUUAGGAUGUAGUCUUUUGGGCUGCUUGUUGGUCUGGGUGACAGUCAGUCUGCAGUAGAUAGGUUGCUGUGAAAUGAAGUCAAAGAUGCUCACAUUAAAGGCAAAUUCACAGUUUGAGGAGUUCAUUGACAUGUUCUUUCCAGCCUAUGCUGACAGCCUCUCUGUCCUUAAUAAAUUCACCUUCAUGGUUGGAUUUCAUUGAACUAUUGGUGAGCUUGAUGUCACUGAAAAAUAUGCUUACUUCAUGAUUAUCAGUGGGUUUCCUAUCACCAUCUGCCUGUAGGUCAUGGGUUUUCUGUUAGUCUUCCGUUAGCCUAUAGAGCUGCCUCUUUUUCCUUGAGCCAUGGUGGAGCUUUCAAACCAGAAACACCUUGUAUUUAUGAUGAACCAGCUCCUGGAUCGUUGGUCAUUGUUAGCUCUUAUGUUUUAUGGUGGAGAAGCUAUGAGUCUGUCCAUGGGAGCCACAGGUAUUUGGUAGAGAGGUGCCACCAACAACCUCUGAAGAAUUCUCCAAAUCUAUCGGCAGGAUUACGGAGCCAGUGCCAGCAUCCUCUCUCAGACUAAUGUCCCCAAUACUGAGGCCCUAAUUGCAUUCAGUGUGUUCUAUUGGGCAGGCCGUGUUCUGAUUUCUGACACCAGAUUCCCAAAACAAGCACUCUGUUCCAAGUUUUUUUAUGCCAACAGAUUACUAUGUGGGUAGAAGAAAUGUUCAAAAACCUUCUCAAAGCAUCUCUGAAAAAAGUGUAACAUCUCCCAGGCACGUGGGAAUCAAUAGCACAUGACCACUCAAUAGGGAGAAGCUUCUCUAAGGUGGAGCUGAGAGCCCCAAGUCCAUUUCCCUGGAGUACACAACUUAGCUUAAGCAGUUUAGAGAUUUAGCAUGGAAUAUGCCCUUCUGGCCUUUCAAGCCCUGUCAGCCAGCAGCUCACUGAUUUGACCCUAGCCUAAUCACAGGACAAUUUACAAUGACCAAUUAACUUACUGACCAGUACAUUUUUGGAAACCAGAGCACCCGGAGGAAACCCAUGCCAAGGACAUACAGACUUGCUUACAGAGGACGCUGGAAUUGAACUCCGAACUCCAAUGCCCCGAGUUGUAAUAGCAUCUCUCUAACCGCUACGCUAUCAUGGCCCCAAUGACAUGUGUCCAUUGAAAAACCCGCCCAGCUCUUCCCCCAUCUAUGGCAGCUCCCCAACUGACCUGAAUAGGCACCUCAGAACCUACAGAACAGGAAUGAAUGUAAGUCAGCUGUAAUUCUGAGAGACUUCCGAAGAAAAAGAUAACUCCUCAUAGUAUUACCUCAUGAGCUUUUUGGGGAAAUGCUACAAGCUUAAUUAUGGUACAAUUGACACCAAUUGCAAUGUUGUUGAGACUGUUGACAAUGUUUGAAAUUGUGGAUUAUCAUGUUAAUGUGCUUGUCACAGGCAAACUUCUCAUGGUGUGUGAAUUGUAUGGCAUAAAGCAAAAUAUUUUCUUUUCAUACACAGUUCAGUUCUCUCCAGGUGUAGGUACAACCUCUGGUGACCAGGGAUAUAAGACUUUGGGUCUUUGGCCCUUGUGAGGAAGAUUUAAUUUCAUUGCUACUUUGCCUUGCUUGCAUUAGCAUAUGUUGCUGAAUAGAGAAAUGUAUGCCAUUGCACUGCAUUGACAUUAAUGAUGAAAGAUGCAUCAUUGUAGCAUGAAGUAAACGAUGGUCAACAUUUAACAACUGUGAACAAUGUUUAGAAGCUAUGCAACUCCGUAAUGGAAGUUUCGAAACUGAGGCAAAACUGUUGUUUUAAGAUUUAAUACACAAGGCUAUCAGAGAUAACAAGAAAACCUGAUUCAUUAAAAAGGAUUGAAAUGGUUGUUUUCCCUUGCAUAAAGUGUAGUUAUUUAGUCUUCCUUAGUAAGAGCUUGAAUGUUGUUUGAUGCCUAUGGAAACUCCAAGCUAGACAGAGAAGGUAAGAGUUCUGAUUUAAUCAAUUUGAUUUUAGAGAAGGAAACAUUGGCAAUUCAAAUCAAUGAUUACUUAAAGUUAUAAUUUGUGAAAUGUAUAUUUUUAUAUCAAAAUUCACUGGAGAGAAUAGAAUGACUGAAUGUAUUGUGAAAAUUGCUGUGCUGCUUGAUUUCUGAGUUUAUGAAGUUCAUUGUUUUUUCAGGACUGAACCACAAAGAGCUAAAAGCCAUUCAGAUCCUUUUGUUGGCUCUUUUAUGAAGUCAUCUACUUGCCUUCUAUUUUCCCCAAAGCUUUUUAUGCUGCUUGUCCAUGUUGUUCUUAUGGAGUCAGUAUACAAUUGUCUUAAAGCACCUCCUCUGUACAUUAAAAUAAAUAAAUUUCAGAAUCUGUGUGACUCAACACAGGUACUCUUGCAGAGAGAAGCAUUUCAGUGCUGUAUGUACUGCAGCACUUUCUGAGCAAGCAGGUAUCCCAAAGCUGAGAAAGAUCAGUGUCAAGAAUUUUUAAGCAGUGGUUAGUUUUCUGCACCAGCCUGUACAGCAGUUUUUAAAAUAUUGUAACUUCUUCCAAUAAAACCCAAUGCCUGUGCUUGAUCUUUUUAAAAAGUAAAGAUGUUAUGAAAGCUUGCAGUUUGGUACCUCCUUUGGGUUUGUUUUAACCAUAUUUCUAGAGAAGAUUAUUGCAUAUUUGCACAGAUUUUUGCCAUGCUAACUACUCUCUUAAAAAUUGUUUUCCUAUGUUUCUGCCUACCAGGCUGUUAUUUGGAAGAAUAUGGCUAACUGCACUGUAAAUAAUUAACAUGGCUAAUGUGCAGGAUGUUUUUCCUGGGGUUGGUGUCAUAUACAAUGAAGAUUCAUGUGCAGUACGCAUGAAUGAUUAUGUAUACAAGCUGUAUGUGUUUUACUUUGUAAAUUAUGCAACUGUUCUCUUUUUAAACACAUAACUAUUGAAACUCUGGGUGGGCUGUUAAGAACUUAACUACAGAAAAUAAAUCCUGGAAUGUAAA